GAGUAUAAUAAAAAUCGUUAAAUAAGAGUGAAGGAUGGCUCCACAAAUAGAUAACACUAAUGGAACAUUAGAUCGAAUAUUGAAAGAAAAAUUUACCUCGGAAUUUCGUAGUGGUUACAUCACCGUGGAGGGUGUUUGUUUUCCUGAACGUUAUCAACAUUUUGCGGAACAAAUCGAAAAUUUUGAGGUCAGAGAUGACGAUGUUUGGGUCUGCACCUUUCCAAAAACUGGUACCACAUGGACGCAAGAAAUGGUUUGGUGUAUUGGUAACGAUUUAGAUUUCGAAGGAGCGAAACAACUAUUGUUUGAGAGAUUUCCAUUCUUAGAGGUUUCGAUUAUCUACGACUUCAGAAAAUUCAUGUUAGAUAUACCAAAUUCAUUGAAUCUCGAAGUAAUGCAAAACAGCGUAAACUUCAUAAAAAACCAACCCAGUCCAAGAUAUAUCAAAACCCAUCUGCCAUUUCAUCUCCUUCCGCGACAAUUAAGAAUGAGCGAAAAGAAAGCGCGCAUUAUCAAUGUCGUCAGAAAUCCAAAGGACACAUGCAUCUCCUAUUUUCAUCAUGGCAGGCAUCUCGAAGGCUAUCGAGGUGAUUUCGAUGAAUUUUGCCAGCUUUUCCUAGGAGGAAAACUUGCCUAUGCGCCGUACUGGGAGCAUGUCCUUGGUUAUUGGAACAAAAGAAACGAUAUGAAUAUUUUGUUCUUGAAGUACGAAGAUAUGAAGUCUGAUCUUCCGUCCAUAAUCAAGAAAACAGCCACUUUUCUAAAUAAAAGAAUUACAGAUGACGAGGUGCAAACUUUAGCCACGCAUCUCAGCUUUGCGAAUAUGAAGGAGAAUCCUUCGGUGAACUAUAAAGAGACAAUCGAAAAUUACAAAAAAAUUAAAUUAAUCAUCACCGAUGGUACAUUCAUUCGAAGCGGAGAGAUCAAUCAAUGGAAAGGAAAAUUAUCUCCUGACAUGAUCGAGAAAUUUGACGAGUUGACCAAGAAAAUACUUCAUCCUGUUGGUCUUCAUUUUUGUUUGGCGGAGGAGAAUGAUGAGGAAUAUAGGGGAAAGUAUCUUGGAAGAUUGAACGCGUAUCAUCAUCAAGUAUCUGGUGAGUUAUACGCAGUCGAUGAGUACACGCUGCUUCUAACUACCUUCAAUUACGAUGGUAACGGAGCAGAUACGUUCUUUUGGGCUGGUGCAUCCAAUCGGCCAGGUCCUCAAGGUUUCAUCGUACCUGACGAGUGGGGCAAGACCAAUAUACUUGGUCGGUAUUUCAAUCGGGAUUUUACGCUGACUUUGCCGGACAACAAAAAGAUAACGGAUAUUAAAUGGUUCGCCGUGUAUGAUUUGGCUAGUCAGAACACAUUUGGCGAUGUCUAUAUUCCUGAAGAAUUUGAUCCACCAGCUCCUCAGAAGAUCUCUCAGCUAUCCAAGAGAUCUCAUGAUGUAUCGUCUGAGUCGAUAGUGAUCUUGGAUUCGAAGACAAUCAGUAUACCGCAAUUUACGUAUGACGGAACAGGGAAUGAUACGUAUUUCUGGGUUGGCUUAGGUCCUCAACCAUCGAGCAAAGGAACGAAGGUUCCUGAUGAGUAUGGAUACCUGGAUCCACUACGUGCUUAUAAAAAAGAGGAUAUAAUAAUUCAAUUGCCAGGAGAAAUGACUGUCUUUAACGUCGAUUGGUUGAGCGUAUUCGACGUAAAAACUAAAUCGAAUUAUGGCUCGAUUAUUAUACCAGACGGUCUUAACGUACCACCAUCUUUAGUUAAAAUUGUCAAACAUACGCAAUCUCUGCCGAAUUGUGUUCAGCUCCAUAAACGUUAUCAAGUUAGCUGGGAAAUCUUUGGCCCACAGAUCACGAUACAAUUGGCUGGUCAAGUUGCCGAAGAUGAGUACAUGGCUUUCGGCUUAUCUGGUUCUGAUAGCUCCAGCCAAAUGGAAGGAGCAGAUGUUACCAUUGCUUAUAUGGAUGGUACACGGGGUUAUGCCACUGAUUACAACAUAACGGCAAAAGCACCGUGUGGAAAAGUCCUUGGACAGUACAAGGGUGUUUGCAAAGACGAGCUCUUAGGUGGACUAGACAGCAAUCAAUUGUAUACCGCGGUAAGAGAAAACGGCAUCAAUACCAUCACUUAUAGGCGAACGCUUAAUUCGUCUGAUCCAGGAGACAAAGAAUAUCCUACGGACAAACUGGCUUAUAUAAUUUGGGCGUUAGGAAGAUUAGACGAGAAUAUGGAACCUAAUUUCCACGAUCUCUAUCCUAAAAGUGAUUUGCGAUUAGAAUUGAGUCGUCAGGAACCAGAAAAUACCUGUAUGGAUUUCACGGAAGAUAAUGAACAGCUCGUGAUACCUUGGGAAAAGGCAGAGAUAUUCGAUAGGAGUAUUAGAACUUUUAAAGCUACUAUUGGACCAUCUGGAGGAAAAAAGGGUUAUCAAGGAAUAACAGGACAAACGUCGAUGGGUUACGCGUGGUACAUUGAAGGUCAAUUAAUACCGGAAUUGUAUUUACGUCGAGGAUUAACAUACAACUUCGUUGUCUACGGAGGCAAUAAUCCUCAUAGUUCUAAUUUGUAUCAUCCUUUAAUUAUUACGGACGAACCUCACGGAGGCUACGAUAGACUCAGCGAUAUUGCACAAAGUAAAAUAAGAGUGUUAGCUGGCGUUGAGUUUACUAGAAGAGGUCGACCAAGACCAACGGCAGUGGGUCCUCUUUGUUUGAGCAAGCAUGACAGCAGAGAUAGAAGACUAGACGAUGACUUUUUAUCUUUCAAGAAGUUUAACAGAAGCCUUAUAUAUGUUUGUGAACCUGGCGAAGGAGGUAUUCUAGAAGUGACACCUAACACAUCGUGGCCAGAUGUUGUUUAUUAUAAUUCCUUUACUCAUGCAAAUAUGGCCUUCUUUAAAUCAGUAUAUCUCAGUCGUAUAUCGGUCUGCAGCUUAUACGAAUUCUACACGUUUUCCAAGAAGUACUUUGAACAACGUAACUGUACCGUUGACCAAAAUAAAUUGAUUACAGUGAAUAAAAAAUCUAUUACAUUUUCAACCAUGGAAGGCAAUUUUGCUGAUAAAUUGGAUUAUAUGUUCGGAGUAAAAUCAAGCUUUUUUAAAGUAGAACCAGGAUACUGUUUAUUACCUCCUAAUUACGCGUUCUUUGCUAAAAAAAUAAGAGAUAUGAAAAUAUAUGAAGAUGACAUAUGGGUAGUUUCUUAUCCUCGAACUGGUAGUCAUUGGGUACAAGAAAUGGUAUGGUGUAUUGGAAAUAAUUUUGAUUAUGAAACCACGAAAACUCUUCUGGUAAAACGUAAUCCAUUGCUCGAAGCAUCAGUCCUUAUGGUCACAGGAAAUUAUGUAGAUUGGUUUUCAAAGUUAGGCGAUUCAGUAGAAAAUGUUGUAAAUGCAUCACGACCUCGAUAUAUUAAAUCACAUUUACCUUGGGAUUUAUUACCUACAGACAUUCACUUAAAAAAACCAAAAAUUAUAUAUAUUACCCGAAAUCCUAAAGAUACAUGUGUGAGCUUUUAUCAUUACUGUAAAGUAUUUCAUAAUAUGAAAGGCAACUUCGAAGAUUUUGCGGAAUUAUUUGUAAAUGACAAUGUUCCAAUCGGAUCCUUCUGGAAUCACGUACUUCCUUUUUGGAAUGCUAGAAAACAAAAUAACAUUUUGUUUUUAACAUAUGAAGAUAUGAAGAAGGAUCAAGCUGAAAUAAUUAAAAAAACAGUAAAAUUUCUUGAUAAAACAAUAACAAAUGAACAACUUAUUGAACUUAGCGAACACUUGAAAUUCUCUAAGAUGACGAAAAAUCCUGCUGUGAAUUUAGAACAUAUAUUAAAAGAAAAAAAUUGUGAUGAAAAUUUAAAACUUGAUGUAAAAUUUAUAAGAAAAGGUAAAAUUGGUGAUUGGAAAAAUUAUAUGUCAGAAGAUCUAAGUAAAAAAUUUGAUAAUUGGAUGCAAAAACAUUUAGAAAAUACUGACUUAAAACUGGAUACAGAAAGUUCCAUAUGUGAAUAAUAAUGAAAAUUACCUUCUUAUUAUUUACUUUAUCUAAGCAAGGAUAAAGUUACAUAUAUCAAAAAAUUGCUACAUAUAACAGAAAAUAAUUUCUGUAUGCUAUAAUAUAUAUC